UAUGACACAUCACUAGGCGGUUAAUGUCAAUUGUAUUUAUGUAAGAUAACCUAAAAGUCUCGAAACUACAUUAAAAAUACUAAAAUACAAAAAAAGUAUGGCAAAAUAAGUAUAUGGGUCGGAAUUUCAUUUCGAUAUCACUGAAAUAUAUGUAACUGUUGCAAAAAUAGUCAAUGAACAAAAAGAAACAUGAACUGUAUACGUUUGCUCAAAUUAGCCGAACGGCAAUCUUUACAGUGUUUCAAGACCUCUCCUGUAAGAUGUAUUGGUUAUCAUCCAAUUAAGUUUCUGGAGACACAAGAGAAAUGGAGAGAAACUGAUAAUGUAUCGAAAAGAUGGCAGUUAAUAUACAAGGCACCAAUGGACUUGGCAAUCAAAUGCAUAUCCACAUAUGUAACAUUUUCCACAACAACAAUAGCAAUAGGUGGUGUGUAUUAUGCAGGAUUUGUAUUCAAUAUUGAAGAGAUGAAUAAUCCAGUUAUGUUAGGGGACGAAGUAGUACUUGCUAACAGUGCUACUGAGUGUUUGGUAUACCUUGGUGCUUUUUUUGCUUUUCAUGUAGCAUUAAAAGUAUUGAUGUCAAAAUAUGUGAUACGUUUAUACCAAGACGGUGAUGAGUACUUGGCGAUAUUUAGAGGGAAUAUGUACAACUCAAUAAAAAAACAUAAAUUUCGUUUAGAUGAAUUCCAUAAGUUAAAGCCAACAUUUGUGGUGUCUUGGGGUGAUGCAAGGUUUGGAUUGGGCAAGAAACAUGCCAUAUUGUUAGAAAACUAUUUUAAAACUCCAGAGCAUUUUAACUAUUUGUUAUAUAAGAGGAAAAAGCACAAACCAGAAGAUGAAGAAUAAAUAGAAUUAUAAGUUUGUCAGUAGUUCAUUUGUAUUGUAUGUAGGUUCAUAAAUAAUUAUCCAACAUUAAAGAUGAAAUAACAAAUGUGUAACAAUUA